AUGGCUACUCCAGCUGAUACCCCCAAUGCUGAACCAAUCAAACGUUCGAGAUGGGACCAAACUCCUCUAGUAGCGAGUGGUGGUAUCGAGCAACCUAUGGAACGAAUCAUCAUGAACGCACCUGGCGUCAUGCAGGACGACAAACACAACAGAUAUCUCACCGACGAAGAGCUCAACAUUAUCCUCCCUGCCACUGGCUAUGUCAUUGAGGAUUCCAAAUCAAGGAAGGCUCGACGCGCCGCCGCCAUUGCUGCUGCUGCCGGUCUUGCCCCAGAACUUCCGACUGAAAUCCCUGGUGUUGGUGCCCUCACGUUCUUCAAAGCGGAGGACAGUCAAUAUUUCGCCAAAAUUUCCAAGGAAGAAGACGAAACAGAGCUUUCGGUCGACAAAAUGAAGGAGCGCAAGAUCGUGCGUCUUCUUCUCAAAAUCAAGAACGGCACUCCCCCCGUCCGAAAGACUGCCCUUCGUCAAAUCACUGACAAGGCUCGCGAGUUUGGUGCCGGUCCGUUGUUCGAUAAAAUUCUCCCUUUACUAAUGGAACGCACACUGGAGGACCAAGAACGACAUUUGCUUGUGAAGGUUAUCGAUCGAGUCCUGUACAAGCUGGAUGAUCUUGUUCGCCCAUACGUGCACAAGAUUCUUGUCGUCAUUGAACCAUUGCUCAUUGACGAAGAUUACUACGCCCGUGUUGAAGGACGUGAAAUCAUUUUCAACCUGUCCAAAGCUGCUGGUCUCGCCCAUAUGAUAUCUACCAUGCGUCCAGAUAUCGAUCAUGCUGACGAGUAUAUACACAACACCACCGCUCGCGCUUUCUCAGUUGUAGCUUCGGCACUGGGUAUUCCGUCCCUUCUUCCUUUCCUCAAGGCCGUCUGCAACUCGAAAAAGUCACGGCAAGCUCGACACACCGGCAUUCGUAUUGUCCAGCAGAUUGCCAUCAUGAUGGGUUGUGCUGUUCUCCCUCAUCUCUGCAAUCUCAUCGAUUCUGCCGCCCCUUACGGAAUUGAGUCUUUCGAUAACGUGCUGAAGCCCCUCUGGACAGGUAUUCGCUUGCAUCGUGGAAAGGGUUUAGCCGCAUUCCUCAAGGCCAUCGGCUUUAUCAUCCCUCUCAUGGACCCGGAAUACGCGUCCUACUAUACCAAAGAAGUCACGGUGAUCCUCAUUCGUGAGUUCCAAACCUCAGACGAAGAAAUCGUCUUCAAGGUCGUUAAACAAUGCACGGCUACCGAGGGUGUUACUCUUGGCUACAUCAAGCACGACAUCCUCCCUGAUUUCUUCAAAUCGUUCUGGGUUCGUCGGAUGGCCCUUGAUCGGAGGAACUAUCGUCAAGUCGUUGAAACGACAGUCGAACUUGCCGAGAAAGCUGGUGUCGCAGAAAUUGUGGGUAGGAUUGUGAACGAGUUGAAGGAUGAAGCGGAGCCUUACCGCAAGAUGGUAAUGGAAACAAUCACCAAUGUCGUGGAGAAGCUCGGCGCCUCUGACAUCGACGAGCGUUUGGAGGUGCGCCUCGUUGAUGGUAUCAUCUAUUCGUUCCAAGAGCAGACGACGGAAGACCAAGUCAUGCUGGAUGGCUUCGGUACCGUUGUGAAUGCUCUCGGCAUUCGCGUUAAACCAUACCUCACCUAA